UGCUGGUGUGAUGGAGCUACUAGGCAGCUGGAGAAAAAUGAACUGGAGGUUACAUUUCAGAGUCUCUGCAGGAAGGCAUGUGCUUCAUGCUGCAAGUUUUCAGAGAUUAAUGGGAUGGAGGUAUCUCUGGAUAUGUAUCCAGCAGCAUCAUUACAGGAGUUCUUCUGGUUCUAUGGCCUGCAAAAAUCUGCCCCUAAUUUCACUGAGAUCUGUCUUCAGCCCAUCAAAUGGAAACCUCUUGCUGAAGAGGACUCCAGAACGUUGCAUGAAAAAUAUAGCAAGCAUGUCUAAAGUCAGCAGGAUCCAGGGAGUAAGGCCUUUUUCCUUAUCCACUGCUCCAAUGGUGUCCUUUGGAGUUGGCAGAGGGAGAAAUAAUGGUGGGAAGGACACGUUCACUCUGAAGAAUGUGGCAGAAUUAAUUCAAAAGAAAGAAUGCCAGAGAGUAUUGGUGAUGGCUGGAGCAGGGCUCAGCACGCCCAGUGGCAUCCCGGAUUUCAGGUCCCCUGGGAGUGGGCUCUACAGUAACCUCCAGCAGUAUAAUAUUCCCUAUCCAGAAGCCAUCUUUGAACUUAAUUACUUUUUCCACAACCCUAAACCUUUCUUUAUGUUAGCUAAGGAGUUGUACCCUGGCAAUUACAGGCCCAACUAUGCCCACUACUUCCUCCGACUUCUGCUUGACAAAGGGCUCCUUCUGCGCUUGUACACACAGAACAUUGAUGGACUGGAAAGAGUUGCUGGGAUUCCGCCAGAUAAACUAGUUGAGGCGCAUGGCACAUUUGCUUCUGCUACAUGUACUGUCUGUCGAAGAUCAUACCCUGGUGAGGAUUUCAGAGUGGAUGUGAUGGCUGACAAGAUCCCCAAAUGCCCUGUGUGCACUGGAAUUGUCAAGCCUGACAUUGUGUUCUUUGGAGAGGAGCUCCCUCAUCGGUUCUUCUUGCAUGUGACAGAUUUUCCUAUGGCAGACCUGCUUUUUGUCAUCGGAACCUCCCUUGAGGUUGAACCGUUUGCUAGUCUGGCAGGAGCAGUACGUGUCUCUGUUCCACGUGUACUGAUUAAUCGGGAUUUGGUGGGACCAUUUGCAUAUCAGCCACAGCACAAUGAUGUGGCUGAACUGGGAGAUGUCGUCAGUGGAGUAGAAAAAGUGGUGGAACUGUUGGGCUGGAAAGAGGAAUUGCAAGAAUUAAUCAAGAAAGAAAAAGAAAAGCUGGAUGGAAAAGACAAAUAGAAAAUCUGAUGUCUACUCUUGGAAAUGAUGUUUACCUCCUAAAACAAUACAUUUCAUCCCAGCCAAAGGUUAGAGUGAUAAGCACAGAGGUCUGGAGGAAAUAUGCUAUCCAUCUUGAUAGCACCUAAUAGAUCAGAAGAACUAAGAAUUGUUUGAAAAGCCACUUUAAUAUCACUUGCGAAGGACUGGAGCCUUGUGACGUGCUCUUGUGAAAUGGUGAUCAAUUGAUAGGUAGUGAACUGAUUUUUGCAAUAAAGAGAGGCCUUGCGUCUCAGAUGGGGAGAUGGGUGUUCAGCAUUGUUGCUGUCUGCCACUUAAGGCCUUCAUUGUCUCCCAUUUCUAUUUUUUCCACUUGGAUCCUUUGAGCGCUUUAUAAAGCAUCACAUGUUUUGUGGUGUUUCACUAAGAGCCUUAACUGUUAAUUUCAUCACACAUUCAUGCUGAAUUCGCCAACGUGCUACCCAGUGGUGAAAGGACUUGGAUGAGGUCAAAUGUUUAUUGCAACUUUCGUAAAAAGAGAUGGCAGUCUGGCUGUUGAGACCCACCUUCUGCUGCAGUAACAUGAAGAUUAACCUGCAAGCAGGGAUUCUUGAAAUGAUGUGAUGUAUAUUAAUUUGCAGUGUAACAUUUAUGUAAUAUUGAAAGAUAAGAUGAAGUUUGUACAGCGACAAGAAACUACAAUAUACAGUAGGUGUGUUGCAGCUGGUGUUUGAAUUUGAAUAAACAUUCAUCUAGCAGCAAUAACUAAUAAUCAAAAUAAAACCACCUUUCAACGAUUUGUUAAUUAUCUGUUUACACAUUA